AUGGCAAACUGGCAAAACAGCAUGAUGGUGACCUUCUCUGCCAGUGUCCAUGGAGGGCCCAGCUCCAGUAUGAUUACCUCUCCUGUCAGCGUUCAUGGAGGGCCCAGCUCCAGUAUGAUGACCUCUCCCGCCAGCGUCCAUGGAGGGCCCAGCUCCAGGAUGUUGACCUUCUCUGCCAGUGUCCAUGGAGGGCCCAGCUCCAGGAUGAUUACCUCUCCUGUCAGCGCUCAUGGAGGGCCCAGCUCCAGUAUGAUUACCUCUCCUGUCAGCGUUCAUGGAGGGCCCAGCUCCAGUAUGAUUACCUCUCCUGUCAGCGUUCAUGGAGGGCCCAGCUCCAGUAUGAUGACCUUCACCGCCAGCGUCCAUGGAGGGCCCAGCUCCAGGAUGUUGACCUUCAUCGCCAGUUGUCAUGGAGGGCCCAGCUCCAGUAUGAUUACCUCUCCUGUCAGCGUUCAUGGAGGGCCCAGCUCCAGUAUGAUGACCUUCACCGCCAGCGUCCAUGGAGGGCCCAGCUCCAGGAUGUUGACCUUCAUCGCCAGUUGUCAUGGAGGGCCCAGCUCCAGGAUGAUGACCUUCACCGCCAGCGUCCAUGGAGGGCCCAGCUCCAGUAUGAUGACCUCUCCUGUCAGCGUCCAUGGAGGGCCCAGCUCCAGGAUGUUGACCUUCAUCGCCAGCGUCCAUGGAGGGCCCAGCUCCAGGAUGUUGACCACUCCCGCCAUAGUCAAAAGGGUGAGAAGACCAACGGAACACAUCUUGGACACAGUCAGGGUUGAGGGAUCUUGCUUCCUCAAGAAGCGCACCAUAUGGCACUCGUGUGAGUCGGUGGAACACACUGGGCUUCACAAACGGCUCACGACUAAGAGCAUCUGCUAUCACAUUCUUGGGACCCGGGAUGUAUUGGAUGUUGAAGUGAGAGACUCUCCCACUGCUGCCAUGAUUGUCUCUCAGGCUGCAGGUAACGGAGAGACACCCAGACAAAGAAGCAAACCAGGACACUAUGAUGAAGGUGAGAUCAAGGCUGAUCUGACCCAGGAUCAGUCCAGGUGUGGAGUGUGUGAGCAGGUCCUGAGGGACCCAGUCACCAUCUGUGGACACAGUUUCUGCAGGCAGUGCAUCAGCAGCUACUGGGAGCAGCCUGGACUACCAGGAGACCAAGCCUGUCCCCAGUGUGGAAAGACAUGCAGAACCCAACCUCUACAGCCUCCUCUGGAUGAACACACAGAAAAGGGCACACAGGAUGAGAGCCUGAGAAGAGUUAUAAAGAUUCAUAAAGCUUGUUUGAAGAGGAGGUUUGAGAACAUAUCUGAAGGCAUUAUCAAACCAGGAGCUGAGAUACUUCUCAAUAAGAUCUACACAGAGCUCUACAUCACGAAAGGAGAGAGUGAAGGGGUGAAUAAGGAACAUGAGGUUUGGCAGGUAGAGUCAGUGUCCAGAUCUAAUUUAACAAAAGACACACCAAUCAACUGCAACAACAUCUUCAAGCCCUUACGUGGACAGGAGAAGACAGAACAGGAGAAGCACAUCAGAACUGUGAUGACCAAAGGUGUUGCUGGCAUUGGAAAAACUGUUUCAGUUCAGAAGUUCAUUCUUGAUUGGACAGAUGGGGUAGCCAAUCAGGAUAUAGAUUUUAUGUUUCUCCUUUCCUUCCGUGAUCUUAAUUUAGUCAGGGGUGAUCUGUACAGUCUUCACAGACUCCUGCUUGACUUCCAUCCUGAGCUGAAGGAGCUGAAUGACAGUGAUGGAUAUAAAGACUGUCAGGUUUUGUUCAUCUUUGAUGGUUUGGAUGAGAGUCGGUUAACUCUGGAUCUGGAACAGAACCGUGAGUUGUCUGAUGUGAAACAAACAUCCUCAGUGGAUGUUCUGAUGACGAGCCUCAUUCAGGGAACUCUGCUUCCCUCUGCACUCAUCUGGAUAACCGCAAGACCGGCCUCAGCCAGUCAGAUUCCAGAUCGGUUCAUCGACCAAGUUACAGAAGUACGAGGAUUCAAUGACCCACAGAAGGAAGAAUACUUCAGGAAGAGAAUCAGUGAUGAGAGUCAGGCCAACAGAAUCAUCUCACACAUUCAGACAUCCAGGAGUCUCCAUAUUAUGUGCCACAUUCCAGUCUUCUGUUGGAUUGCAGCUACUGUACUUCAGCAGAUACUGGAAAGGAAAACAAUCAAAGACAUUCCCAAAACGCUGACUGAGAUGUUCAUACACUUCUUGCUCAUCCAAACUACAAGAAAGGAUCAGAAGUAUCAGAGUGGACCUGAAACAGAUACAAAGAAACUUCUGGAAUCUCAGAGAAACAUUAUACUGAAGCUGGCAGAACUGGCUUUCAAGAAUCUAGAGCAAGGCAACCUCAUGUUUUAUGAGGAAGACCUGAGAAUGUGUGGCAUUGAUGUCAAUGAAGCCUCAGUGUACUCUGGCAUGUGCACAGAGAUCUUCAAGACAGAACCUGUGGAAUCUCAACAGAAGAAGGUCUACUGCUUUGUGCAUCUUAGUGUCCAGGAGUUUCUGGCAGCUGUGUUUGUGUUUCACUCGUACUUGGCUGAGGACCAUGAGUCUCUGAAAUGCCUCCUCAGUGAUGAACAGAGAGAUGUACUUAAUCCAUCAUCUGUAUCUUCUUUUCUAUCCAGUGCAGUUGAUAAGGCUUUGGAGAGCAAGAGUGGACAUCUGGAUCUCUUCCUUCGCUUCCUUAUGGGCAUUUCUCUGGAGAGCAAUCAGAUACUUCUGCAAGGUCUACUGAACAGCACACACAACAGCUCAAAUAGCAUCAAGAAAAUAUGUGAGGACAUGAAGAAGCUCAACAGAGAGGGUCUCUCUCCUGAACGAUGCAUCAAUCUUUUCCACUGCUUAUUUGAAGUGAAUGAUGAUUCCAUGCACAAAGAAAUUCAGACAUACUUGUCAUCACCAAAGAACAUCAAACAGAAGUUAUCUCCUACCCACUGUUCAGCACUGGCCCACAUGCUUCUGAUGUCUGAGGAGGUGCUGCAUGAGUUUGACCUGAAGAAAUACAACACAUCAGAUGAGGGGCGCAGGAGACUGAUCCCAGCUCUGAGGUGCUGCAGAAAGGCACGACUUGCUGAAUGCAAACUCUCAGAGAAGUCCUGUGGAAUUGUGGCUGCUGUUCUACAGUCACCAAACUCCCUGAUAGAACUGGACCUGUGUCACAAUGACCUGGGAGAUUCUGGAGUUCAGCUUCUCUCUAAGGGACUGUCUAGCCCCCACUGCAAACUGCAGACAUUAAGACUUGCUGAAUGCACACUCACGGAGAAGUCCUGUGGAAUUGUGGCUACUGUUCUACAGUCACCAAACUCCCUGAUAGAACUGGACCUGAGUCACAAUGACCUGGGAGAUUCUGGAGUUCAUCUUCUCUCUAAGGGACUGUCUAGUACCCACUGCAAACUGCAGAUAUUAAGAUUUGUUGACUGUAAACUCACAGAGAAGUCCUGUGGAAUUGUGGCUGCUGUUCUACAGUCACCAAACUCCCUGAUAGAGCUGGACCUGAGUCACAAUGACCUGGGAGAUUCUGGAGUUCAGCUUCUCUCUAAGGGACUGUCUAGUCCCCACUGCAAACUGCAGACAUUAAGGCUCUCUGAUUGUCUCAUCUCAGAGAAGGGUUGUGGUUUUCUGGCUUCAGCUCUGACUUCAAACCCCUCCCAUCUAAAAGAGCUGGAUCUGAGCUACAAUCAACCUGGAGAAUCAGGAUUGAAGCUGUUAUCUGCUAGACUGGAGGAUCCUGUCUGUAAACUGGAGAUAAUUAAGUAUGGUCAGAAAGAAACCCAAGUGUUGCACAAUUAG